AUGUGGGGAGUGAAUCACACGAUUGGUCAACUGGAACAUGUUCCACCGCCGGGUUUGCUGAUGCCAGAUGAUUUCAAAGCAUACGCGAAAGUCAAGAUCGAUAACCACUAUUUCAAUAAGGACAUCAUGCCAAGUCAUUACAAGGUGAAAGAAUAUUGCCCGAAUGUGUUCCGCAAUCUCCGUGAGCAAUUUGGUGUUGACUCAACUGAGUACCUCCGUUCGCUAACCGCCUAUGAACCGGAGCCGGACCAGCUUGAUGGCUCGAAGACUGGUGCUCCUCCAAGACUUUUCGUCUCAUUUGAUAAGAAGUUUGUUAUAAAGUCGAUGGAUUCUGAAGCGGUUGCAGAAUUGCACUCGGUUCUUAAGGAUUAUCAUGAAUAUGUUGUAGAAAAGCAAGGAAAAACACUACUACCUCAAUAUUUAGCACUUUACAGAUUGACAAUCGAUGGCUCUGAGACUUACCUGAUUGUUAUGCGAAAUGUUUUUGGACGGAAGUACAACGUGCAUACUAAAUUUGAUCUCAAGGGCUCCACGGUAUCGCGUGCAGCAUCUGAGAAGGAGAAGGCAAAAGAAGUACCGACGUUGAAAGAUAACGAUUUCCUGGAGAUGAAUGAAAAGUUGAGUCUACCUGAUGAAACGCGUCACCAGUUGUUGGAUAUGUUGGCUUCUGACACGACUUGGCUAUCGAAAAUGCAUCUAAUGGAUUAUUCCUUACUGUUAGGCAUCCAUGAUUGUGACCGUGCGGCGGAAGAGCUGGCGAAGCGACCAGUAGAGCACGUUAGUGAAGAGUCGGGCGACGAGCUGUGUCCCACUCCGCCAGAGUCUCCUCUCCCUUCAACAGGAGCGUUUCCACCCUUGUCUGGUGGACCGGACCUUGACGAUGAGUAUUACGCUAUUGCUAGUCAUCCAGAUUCGCCCAAGAAACUGAUCUACUUCAUCGGACUGGUGGAUAUCCUCACUUAUUAUGGUGUUAAGAAGCGCACAGCUACGGCAGCUAAAACAGUCAAGUACGGUUCUGACGCUGAGAACAUUAGCACUGUCAAGCCAGACCAGUAUGCUCGACGUCUACUAGAUUUCAUUACCCGAGCUGUGACUCCGUAA